AUGAAAUUUGGUAAAAAACUUAAGGAUUUAUCAAAUGCUAAAACAAUUGAACCUCAAGUUAUAACGGGUAUUAAUCGUCUUGUUUGUACGUCAAAAUCACAUAAUGUGGAAUUAAAAGUAAAUGUUGAUGGACAAGAAUGGAGUAAUGUUAAAUUCUUCCAAAUCUCAUCACAAUGGCAUACACACAUCAAAUAUUUUCCUUUGGCAAUAUUUAAUGAAUUACGCAAUGUUUAA